AUGCCCAAGUACUACCGCGCUCCGAACUACGCCAGCACCGCGGGCCGGCUGAGCGUGGACAAGCGCCCUGUGAACUUAUAUAAGGAAGCGUUCCCCCUGAAGGAUGGACCCCGGCUCCAGGCCUGGCUGCACCACAUGGGCCGUGAGCACUGGGUGCCCAGCUGCCACCAGCACCUGUGCAGUGAGCACUUCACACCCUCCUGCCUCCAGUGGCGCUGGUGGGAGAUUGAAGAAUUCCGGAAACCCCCAGAAAUCCGAGGUGCUCCCACCGCCUUUGCAGGAAGCCCUCCACUCUGCCGGCCGGCGCCUGAUGCCGUACACCUGGUGCUGUUAGACCCGGAGACCCUCGCGUGCAGGGCGCUGCUGGCUCCUGAAGGGCAACGCCAGGCCGUCCCCACCCAAUUCUCCUGGGCUCUGCUGGGCGUGGCGCCGGGAGCGCUGCGGCGGAGGGUGCGGCGGCUGCAGCAGCGCCAGGCGCGGCACCAGGAGCAGUUUUGGACCUUGGAACAGCUGGCGCAACAGCUGUUCGGGUGGAGCCUGCGGGGGGGGGGGGGGGCGUGGGCGGGCCAGCUGUGCGCGCUCCCCCGACCUGAGAAAUCUCGGGCCUUCACCAUCAUCUGCGGAUGGUCCGACAGAGCUGUGGUCCUCGGUCAGGGCCCCAUGCCCCCCACUCUGGAUGCCACGCCCGAUCUUCUGGACUGCGAGACCCCUGGUGCAUAG